UGUUUCUUCCCGGAAACUGACUAACUGCAUAAACAAGAAGCACCCUGCGCUGAAUAUCAUUAAUGACGUCAGUCGAAUGUACCCGCCCCGUAUUCAGUCAGCGCUCGGGGUUUGCUGCAGAGACACAGAAGAAACCUGGACAAACAGAGGCGAAAUUUCAAUCUUAAUCCAGCAUCGCUAUGGGAUUUAUACCUUUCUUCCAGAACGAAGCUCUCAUCCCAUACUAUCUCAAACCCGUUCAUUUCGUGACACUGACUUUAAAAAACUGCCGGUGGAAGAAACACCAGUUUUAGAUUAGGCUAGCGUUAGGCAAGCAAUUGUAAUGUGGGUAUCCUCUUGAUGCAGGGAGAUGCCGCCCAUCAAAUAGGAAGCAUUAUUAGCUCAGUUAUAGACAUGGGCCGAUUUUGAGAUACAUUAAUUAUAUUGGAACAUGCUUGGGAAAAUGUCUGUGAUCUAUAUACCUCUGACGCUGCUGCUGGCGCUCGUCGGCGACGCCCCGGCCCGGGCGGCGAGCCUGGGCGGCUCCACCGAGUCGCUCUCCGCCCUGCAGUACCGCCACACCGACCCCGGCACCGGCGUCCAGCUCAUGUGCAACAAGUGCCCGGCGGGCACCCACGUGUCCCGGCACUGCACGCAGACCAGCGUGCGCGAGUGCAGCCGCUGCCCGGCGGGCAGCUACACGCGCAGGGAGAACGGGAUGGACAAGUGCCACCGCUGCAGGGCCCCCUGCGCCGCGCCCUUCGUGGAGAAGGAGGCGUGCACCGCCUCCACCGAGCGGGAGUGCGCCUGCCCGCCGGGCGCCUUCGCCAGCGAGGGGGGCUGCCGGCCCCACUCCCCCUGCGGCAGGGGCUGGGGCGUGCGGAGGCCGGGCGGCGAGGCGGAGGACGUCAAGUGCCGGCUCUGCCCGCGCGGCUCCUUCUCGGACACGUCCUCCACGGUGGACAAGUGCAGGCCCCACACGAACUGCCAGGCGCUGGGCCUGGUCCUCAGGGUCCGGGGCUCGAAGGAUUCGGACAACGGCUGCGGCCCCCCGCCCGCCGCCGGCCUGCCCCCGACUCUGCCCCCGACCGCGGAGCCUUCCGGGCUGGCCGAGGCCUCCCUGGCGGUCGAGACGCACAAAGAAGCCUUUGACUUGGUCUCAGGUGUUAAGGACUUGGAGCUCUCACCGAGCGCUAAAGGAACUCUCCCAAGCAAUACGGUCAGCAGCCCUGUGGACUCAACCAAAAUGGCCGCCGCCGUCGCCGCGGCCGCCACCGCCACUGCCAUCGGCAAACCCGCCGCCACCGACCCCCCCCGGAAGCUGCGCCUGCUCACCCGCGACCCCCAGAUCCGGAAGCUGGACGGCCAGCCGCCCGCGGGCCCCCUGCCGGAGGGGAGGCCCCAGGGCGCCCCCUACAGGCCCCCCCGGCGGGGCUCUCCGCGGCCGGGCCCGCAGAAGCGCUUCGACAUCAACGAGCACCUGCCCUGGAUGAUCGUGCUGCUCCUGCUGCUGGUGCUGGUGGUGAUCGUGGUGUGCAGCGUGAAGAGGAGCUCGCGCGUGCUGAAGAAGGGCCCGCGCCAGGACCCCAGCAGCAUCGUGGAGAAGGCCAUCCAGAAGAAGUCCGUCGCCCCCACCCAGGCCAAAGAGAAGUGGAUCUACUGCUCCAACGGCCAGGGUGUGGACAUCCUGAAGCUGGUCGCCGCUCAGAUCGGCAGCCAGUGGAUCGAUAUGUACCAGUACCUGGCCAACGCCACGGAGCGAGAGGUGGCGGCCUUCUCCAACGGCUACACGGCGGACCACGAGCGCGCCUACGCCGCCUUCCAGCACUGGACCAUCCGCGACGGCGACGCCAACCUCGCCAAGCUCAUCGGCGCCCUGCAUCGGCAGCGUCGCAUCGACGUGGUGGAGAAGAUCCGCUGCGUGAUGGAAGACAAUCCUCAGUUCGAUCUGAACCAGCUGAUGACCUCUGUGAAUGUAACCCAAUGCCUAAGCCCCAACCACAAGCCUUCAGAGUCCCCGGGGCCGGGCACGGAGCGCUCGCCGGUGGACAGGACCAAGGGCUUCUUCGCCGACGAGUCCGAGCCCCUGCUGCGCUGCGACUCCACCUCCAGCAAAGACUCGGCCCUCAGCAGAACCGGCUCCUUCAUCACCAAAGAGAAAAAGGACACGGUUCUGCGGCAGGUCCGGCUGGACCCCUGCGACCUGCAGCCCAUCUUCGACGACAUGCUCCACAUCCUGAGCCCCGAGGAGCUGCGUGUCAUCGAGGAGAUCGCCCUGGCCGAAGACAAGCUGGACAGGCUCUUCGAAAUCGCCGGGGUCAAGAGCCAGGAGGCCAGCCAGACACUCCUGGACUCCGUCUACAGCCACCUGCCGGACCUGCUGUAGAGCCGGCGGCCAUUUUAAAACACCGGCGGCCAUUUUAAAACACCGGCGGCCAUUUUAAAACACCCGCCGCUGCUGCUUUCGCCACCGCGCACAUAACUAUAAAUGCUCCGCUCGCGAAUCGCAUCGAUGUAGCAUCGAAAAAGUGUGUCCCUUACAAUUUGGAGCUUCAUGUUGGUGUGUCCUAAAUCAGAGAUGGUCAGUGUUCAUGCUGUAGUCACACGCACAUAUAUACGCACCCACCGACACACAUGCACGCACACACAUGCACACACACACUACAAAACUAAUGGUAUGUAAUAUUAUUUAUGCACUAAUUUUAUAUUUAAAAACAUCUUAACCUUAUGGCAUUCAGCCAAGUGCUUCUAUUGCCUAUGUUUCAAGUGCUGGUUACUAACAUGUCACCUUUAUUUUUUUUUAUCACAUUAGUUAUCAUUCUUAUGAUGAUUAUCAUUGUACCUUCUAUGCUUUUUACCAGCUAUAUGUUUAAUAUAAUUUCAUGGGCAUUUCAAAGUAUCUCAACUAGAUACAAUAAAAUGAUCUCACAUAAUGUGAGAUUCACAUUCUGUGAUAUCUACUUGAAGUUGACCGUCACACGCUGGGAUUGUGGUAAAUUCAUUAAAAAAAAGAAAAUGCAGCAUAAACUCAUUUAUUCCUGAGUAUCCUUUAAAGGCGCCAAAAAGAAGAAUAAAAUCAAAGAUCAUUUUUCUGCUGUACAGAGACGGACGAUAUGUUUCGCUGAUGUUAAGAACACAGAAUGUGUUUUUGCCAAGCUAGUCAUUAUCAAGCUACUUUGGUGCUAGACUUGAAAAACCCCUGGUUGUACUGGCUGCCCAAUUCGGUGACAUGAGGUGUUUCAUGUGCUCGGACUGCUUGGGAAGAAUGAAGCACUGACAUUGUAUUCGCUGGAUUUAAAUGAAGACUGCAGUAUGCUUACCCAAUCAGGACUCAAUGUACGAGUGAAUAUGAAUUGAAACAUGAAGCUGAUGUCUGAUUAUUAUUAUAUUCUGGUGGCUGUUUUAAUACUUAACACUUGUAACCGAUAAGUUUAUUAUUGUAACAUGUUCAAUCAAAUAAUUAAAGUUCAGCCUUUGUCAUAAUA